AUGUCUGUAUACACCGGAGAAUCUCGAGGCGAACUCCUCCUUUGGCUCAACAGCCUGCUGGCGCUUGAUCCCCCUCUUACCAAGGUCGAGCAAUGCGGUUCGGGAGCGAUCUACUGUCAGGUCAUGGACUCAAUCUUGGGUAACCUCCCUAUGAGCCGCGUCAAGUUCAACGCUCGGGUAGAGUACGAGUACCUCGACAACUUCAAGGUAUUGCAGCAAUGUUUCAAGCGGAACGGGAUCGACAAGCCUAUACCCGUCGAUAAGCUUGUCAAGUGCAAGAUGCAAGACAAUCUCGAGUUCCUCCAAUGGCUCAAGAAGUACUGGGACGCAAAUCACUCGGGGCAGAUGUAUGAUGCGGCAGGCCGAGCGGGUGGACAAGCUGUACCGACCGCCUCGGGCCGGACGUCCGCGCGUCCCAAUGUCAACGCCCGCGCUGCGGCCAGCUCGGGAGCAGGUGCCGGUCGGGCAGUGUCCAAUACUUCCAUGGCGCAGCUGCAGCAGAUGAAUGCGCAGGUCGAGGAGAUGCAGAUGUUACAUGAGGCGGCCGAGAAGGAGAAGCUUUUCUACUUUGACAAACUCCGUAAUAUCGAAAUGCUCGUCAACGCCCGGUCUGCGGUGGAUACCUUGAAUGACGAGGAGAAGGACGUCUUGGCGAAGAUCUCGGAAAUACUGUACUCGACAGAUGACGGCUUUGAGCUGCCGGACGAUGGGCUACACCACGAAGAGGCGGAACAAGAGGAGGAGACUUUCUAA